CGUUUCUGUUGAUUGCUGCUCACUGCCAAUCUCUGUUGUACUAUAUUAGUGAGCCAUGCCCAAACUCUGAGGAACAGCUACCCCUGCCCUUUCCAUCUCAGCCUCCGUCGACCCCCACUCCUCUUAAUCUCCGAAAAAAAGGAGUAGUCUCGAACGGAUCAGGACAACCUGAAAGUAUUUCAGAUGGAAGCUGGUCAGAUUGAUGUUGAUGGUAGUGUUGAAAUUGUGACUGGAACAUCUUACACCCCUCCAGCCCCUCCAGCUCAGGAGGUCAAUGGCACCAAUCAGGAAUCACGAGAGAAAGAUAAAUCUCCAAGUGUCUCAAACUGUUAUGUCUUUAAGAGCCAACUGCAAGAAUAUUGUCAGAAAAUGGGAUUAAUCACUCCAGUUUAUGAAACUAUCAAGGAAGGCCCUUCUCACGAGCCUAUUUUUAAAUCAGCCGUUGUUGUGAACAAUGUUAGAUAUGAUUCUCUGCCUGGAUUUUUCAACCGGAAGGCAGCAGAGCAGUCAGCUGCUGAAGUUGCUCUCAUAGAGCUCUCCAAAUCCAACAAUGUUAAUUGCGGGAUAUCCCAACCUGUGCAUGAGACGGGCUUGUGCAAGAACUUGUUGCAAGAAUAUGCUCAAAAGAUGAACUAUGCUAUUCCUCUGUAUGACUGCCGUAAGGAAGAGAGAGAAGGCAAAGUGCCCAUGUAUUCCUGCGUCGUUGAAAUUGGGAGUAUCAAGUAUAUUGGAGCUUCAGCAGGCACAAAGAAAGAGGCUGAAAUAAAAGCUGCCAGGACGGCCUUGCUAGCCAUUCAGACUGCAGUGCCCGUCGCCGAAGAUCACACCACAGGCAACACAAUUUACACCGUUAUCCCACACAAAAAGAAGGCAUCUGAUCUUGCAAUCAACAGUCAGGAGACUAAAGCAUCCCUGAAGCCAAAGAAAGGUCGGCUCAAGAAACAGUAUCGGAAGAAGAGGCGGCCUGGGAUGAAAGAUGACGCUGCUGGAGGUACAGCUCCUUUGGAGGUCAGUGCAGAUGGCCAGGCUGGAGUAGGGUCAACUUUCACAGAUGCUGUGAGCUCUGAGCCAAAUGCGGCUUUUGGUGUUGGGGUUGAUACAAUUGGACAGGGAGGAUCACAAGUGGAUGCAGCUUUUGCUGUCGAAACCCAAGGCAAAAUGAAUGGUGUAUCGGAUAUGCAUGAGGAAAGGCAAAGACAAGAGCAGCCGCUUGUUGUCAGCUCCCAUGGAGAUUCUGGGAUUAAUACAUGCAGCACACACGAUGGACAUCUGGAAAAUGCUGGAGUUCCAGUAACUGAUGCUAACUGAUUAAGAGAGCUUCUAACCUACGAUAUGGAUUGCGGAUAGAUUUUCAUAUUUGUCAAUUAGGUACUUGCUACUAUGGUGGGGUAUGGCAAUGAAAAUUUGUAUCAAAGAUCUAUUAGGCCAUGGAUUGAACUUUAGCUUAAUCAUGGCAGCCUGUAUUUUGAUGACGCUUAGGAAUUGUAACAAAUUAACUCAGACUUAUUCAUGUGAUUUGCAUCAAACAGGCUGUGCAGGUUCAGUGACA